AUGCGGUUUCGUGAGAAGCAAAUCUUUCAACUAUUGCUCUACCUCUCCCUGCUUCAUCUCUCCAUUUCUGAUGUGGUAUUCACUGUGGAAGAGAGCAAUGUGACUACGCCAACCCGUCAUUUACACAAGUUGAGGCAUUCCAGAGGUUCCACACCAGUCCUGGCCGCCACGUCAUCAGUAAUAAAUCCCCGUGAGUCGAAUCGUCUGGAGUCGUUCUCUUUGAAUUGCCCUCAUGUCGUUGACUCGAGUAAUAAAAAUGUCCAUAUUGAAGUGGUGUGGACACUCAACGAGACUGUCUGGCUGAAAAUCGAGAAUGGCCAUCAGCGAGUUGUGAAUGGCGAGUCGACGUUUAACAAGCGUCGUGUGUCAGGCAAAACCGUCAUGCGACUCCUUCUCAACAACGCUCGCUACCUGUUCGACUACGAUGAGCUCACUGGUGACUUCUCGAUGGAAAUCUCACCAGUCCUCUGGUCGGCCGACUGUGGAGCCUGGCAGUGCCACGUUACCGUUCGACAACCGGAUGGAAAAUCGCACACUCUGACGAGCAGAAGACGUAUAAAACCAGGAGAGAUUGGGAUUCGGAAAGAGACGAGGAAGGAGGAAGGGAGAAGUCAAUUAAAUCCACGGAUAGAGGAGAAGCCUGAGGGACAACUGGAACGAGUGGAAUUCGCAGAUCUUGAGACCUCUCCGAUUCAACUUCAGAAACGAGGAGAUCGCUCAUCAGACCACUGGAAUCAGAAUACUGCCUCAUUCUCUCGGAAUUCAGAUGACAAUGUGUAUAUGACGAGGAAGGAGGCGGAGAUUUCCACAAAUGUAGUGUUCGCAAGGAAUGAUGGACCGAUAAACAGACAGCAUCAUAACCACAACAAGAUACCGAUAUGUCAACUGACGACAUGUACUACUUGA